UACAGGAGAUGACCAGAGACUGCGGACAUAGUACAGAAGAUGACCGGAGACUGCGAACACAGUACAGGAGAUGACCAGAGACUGCGGACACAGUACAGGAGAUGACCAGAGACUGCGGACACAGUACAGGAGAUGACCAGAGACUGCGGACACAGUACAGGAGAUGACCAGAGACUGCGGACACAGUACAGGAGAUGACCAGAGACUGCGGACACAGUACAGGAGAAGACCAGAGACUGCGGACAUAGUACAGGAGAUGACCAGAGACUUCGGACAGGGGAUGACCAGAGACUGCGGACACAGUACA